AUGCCCCCAUUGCUUACGUUUCCUCCGUUCUCUAAUCCCUUGCCUGCCCCUCCUUCCCAGGUGGCGAAGCAGUAUCUGGUGCUCGUGGUGGGGCUGCCUCCCUCGACCUCGUUCGUGGCAAAGCAAUAUCUGGUGCUGGUGGUGGGGCUGCCUCCUCUGGACUCUUUCACUAUCGAUGCCCCCAUUGAACGGGACCAUGACCACGACUCGCCUCCUUCCUGCCCCUCUUUCCCCUCCCAGGUGGCGAAGCAGUAUCUGGUGCUGGUGGUGGGGCUGCCUCCUUCGGAUUCGUUCACAGUUGAUGCUUCCAUUGCACGCGACCCUGACCAUGAGUUUGCACGCAUGGUUGUGGGAGAGGAGGCUGGAGAUGGGAGGAGAGAGCUUGGGACAGAGGAGGCUGGAGAGAGGAAGGGAGAGGGAAUGGUGGAGGAGGUUGGAGUUGGAGAGAGGAGGGGAGAGGGGGUUACAGAGGAGCAGGGAGAAGGGAUGGGAGAGAGUGAGAUGAAGGUGAAGGAGAGCAAGAUACAGGCAGCAUUGACCGAUUUUCGUGUGCUUGCAAGAAGUGAAGCCUCCGGGUACGACCCUUCCACCACUCUGCAUCUCUCUCCACCUCAAUCUGCAUUCCCUUGCACCCCUCUCCAUUGUGUGGGGGAGAGUGUGGGAGAGAGUGAGAUGAAGGUGAGGGAGAGCAAAACACAGGCAGCAGUGACAGAGUUUCGUGUGCUUGCAAGAAGUGAAGCCUCUGGGGUAUCCCUCUUACAAGCUGUUCCAGUAACAGGAAGAACACACCAGAUCAGAGUGCAUCUGCAGCAUGCCAAGCUGCCUGUGCUAGCAGAUCAUAUCUAUGGCGCCCUGCCUCUCAUGUGGGGCUGGGUUGGAGUGGGGAGAUUGAGAAGGUUGGAGUGUUACACAGGCAAGCGUUACAUGCACACACGUUGA